UAUAACAAGAGAGAGAGAAAGAGAGAGAUCAAAAGAAAUAUACAAAGCCAGAGACUUCGACGUGACGAAGAUGGAUAACGUGGAAUCGCCAGCGGAGGAACACUGUUGUGAACACUGCUGUGCUGUGUGUCGUGUUCGCCACGUUCUCGGGAACCCCUUUUUCUCCACGCUCGGUUACAAAUUCGGCUGGAAAGGUGGAGGGCCCGGAGACGCAAGAAGCUAAGGAGUCGGUGAACGGCUCGAGGGCCGGACCGGACAUCACCUCAAAGCUGAGCAGUUUGUUCGCCGGACUUCCUAGUUUGGCGGGUCCCCAGCGCCUCGCCACUACCCUCAGGCAGAGAUUCGCCAACAACUCCGGUUACCCCCGGCCCGGCCUGAUGCGCGCCGCCCCAAUCGCGACGAUUCCUUCGUCACGUCAUCUACGUCUACUCCCAAGAUCGCAUCAAGUGAUCGCGAUUAGUUCCUCUUGC